CAAAGUUCAACACAGAACGGAAACAUAAAAUAAGGGGACCGGAAGUGUACUAAUAUUUUCUUACCAUUUUUUAGCAUGUAAGCUAAUGUCAGUUUGUUGUUAUUUUGUCUUUUCUUCUUUAUAAACGUGGAACAUCAAAACAAAAUGGACUCAAGGGGACCCGCACUUUACGCACCGGCAGGCUCCUCAGUAGAUAUAUCACGAAGCACAGAGGAGGACUCUUUGGUGGACGGACCUCUGAUCCCUGCUGAUGCCCUCCACUCUGCCAUCAGGAGAAAUUUUCAGAGCGUACCAACGCCUGGUCAUGCUGGCCUGCUGUCUGUGCUGCAUGUUGUGUACGUGGUGUUGUCAAUGUGUGUGGCGUUGCUGUGUGUGUUGGAGUUUGGCCAAAAGGAUGUGUGUAUGAGUAUAUUGGGUAACGUGCGGGGCGACAGUGUCAUUGUGUUUGGGAAGGUGUGCUUAUGGGUGCUGGUGCUGUUGUUCACUGGCUGUGUGCAGCACCACCACAACCAGGCCCGGAGCAGAGGAUACCUGCGGUUCUAUAGACAGACGCAGGGCUUGAAGCACCUGCCGCUCACCGUACACUCUGCAGGAAAUGUUCUGCUGCUGGUGGUUCUGGCUGUACGGUUAUCACAGACGGUGCAGACCUACAUGCUGCUCAGUGUCCUCGGGCUGGAGCUCCUGAUCGCAGUGCCCUGUUUGCUCUAUUACACAGUGAGGGGGAUCCAGUGUGUGACGGGGGUAUCUGUGUUCGCCGCCGCAUUCCUGCUCAGAUCAGUGCAGCCAGGCACGACGCAAUCCGAGCGACGCCUCACAGCACCAACCUUUUUAAAGCAUGAGCACACACACACGCAAAUUCUCAGACUGAUGCAGAGUCAAGUCCAGGUGAUGCGGUUCAACAGGGAGCGACCUGCACCAGACGUGAGCCAGGAGGAGCAUUCACACAACUACAGUUUCACCAGCCUGCCUACGGAGACUGGCUUCAGAGAGGGCUCCAGUCUGGAGGAGGUGGUGGAGAAGCAGGCUGACCUGAUAGAGUACCUGAAACAACACAACACCUUACUGAGCAAGAGGCUGCUAAACCUCACGGCUCAGCACUGACCAACGUCCCUCCUCCUCCUCAUCCUCCUCCUCCUCCUCCUCCUCCCUGUGAACCCGAUCAUUUCAACACUCCACUCUCUUAACACAAAGGAGAGAGGGAUCUGUGGGCCUCAAAGAGAUGAAGAAAAGCUAGAAGAAACACUGGAUAAGAGACUAAAAGUAAGGAAAACCCUGUGCACACAAGCACCUGUACGCACAGUCUUAAGACGGCAGGGCUCCUCCACGAGGCACCUGAGAUGGACAGAUAACGCAGGACGAGGAGAGCUGUAAGUGGAGGACAGUUAAAGAGGCCAAGUGGGAGGAGGAGGAGGAGGAGAGGAGUCAUGGGUCACAGAUCAGAGGUGAGGGGUUUUAUCGCUGUGUUACGACCCCCGGUGACCCACGUAUGCUGCCGCUUGUGUUACUGUGAAAGAAACGGAAGAGGCAAAACUGUUUUAGAGAUCACCUGCACUGAGGAGGAGCGGAGAGGGUAGGAGAAACAGGAGGAGACAAAAAUCUUCAUAGUCCAAAAAAAGAAGAGAUUGUGUAAUGCUGUAAAUGUCCGUAAGUGCUAUUUUAACUGUCUGGAUGUGUAAAUGCUUUAUUUUGUUGCAGUUUUUUCUAUCUCCUCAAUCAUUGAGUUAGUGUUGUUGUGUUCACAUAUGAAUAAAUAUGUAAAAUACA